AUGUACGGAGACGCUACAAAUUGGAACGAGGAUGAGUAUAGAGAAUCAAUUAUCAAGGAACGAGAGAUACAGACACGUACCGUGUUUCGAACCGCUUGGGCUCCUCCGGCGAGAAACCCUAAUCCGGACGCAUUCGUUGUCGCUUCCAGCGAUGGAACGUUAGCUUUCCAUUCGUUGAACUCGCUUGUUUCCCAAUCGGCGAGUUUUGGCUACUCGAAAGGUCAUGACGUUAUGGUGGCUGAACCUGAGAGAUUGGUUAAGGCACACGAAGGGCCUGCUUAUGAUGUCCAGUUCUAUGGCGAAGACGAAGAUGCUUUGCUCCUUAGUUGUGGUGAUGAUGGUAGAGUUCGGGGAUGGAAAUGGAAAGAGUUUGUUGAAUCAGAGGGGACUCUUCAUUUGCAAGAGAAUCAUGCGAAGCCAUUGCUUGAAUUGACUAAUCCACAACACAAAGGUCCUUGGGGUGCUCUUUCACCUAUGCCCGAGAUCAAUGCCAUUUCUGUUGAUCGUCAGUCAGGAAGUGUAUUUACGGCUGCUGGUGACUCUUGCGCAUAUUGUUGGGAUGUGGAGAGUGGUAAAAUCAAAAUGACCUUCAAGGGGCACUCAGACUAUUUGCUUUGUAUAGUUUCUCGUAGCUCUGCAAGUCAGAUAUUGACGGGUUCAGAGGAUGGGACUGCAAGAAUCUGGGAUUGCAAAACAGGGAAAUGCAUUAAAGUAAUUGGUUCCCAGGAUAAAAAGUCUCCCUUUCGUAUUAGUUCUAUGGCCCUCGAUGAAAGUGAAAGCUGGUUGGUUUGUGGACAGGGUAAAAAUUUAGCUUUAUGGAAUCUUCCUGCAUCAGAAUGCGUAUCAACAAUAUCUUCCCCUGCACAUGUACAAGAUGUGAUGUUUGAUGAAAAACAAAUUUUGACUGUAGGAGCAGAACCACUUCUAAGGCGUUUCGACUUAAGUGGAGCUUUGCUUUCUCAAAUUCAGUGUGCUCCUAGUUCAGUAUUUUCCAUUUCCUUGCAUCCAGCAGGAGUAGUUGCUGUGGGAGGUUAUGGAGGUCUUGUUGAUGUCAUCUCCCAAUUUGGAAGCCAUCUCUGCACAUUUCGUAGCAGCUUAUCAUGA